GUCUCUGCCUGCGCUGUGCACAUGCCUGUGCCGCAGUCAAGGUUGUCCACAAGACCAGCUCUCAAAAUCGCCGAGCAAUCCAAUAUCUGCCUUUGUCAAGCAUGUCUAUACCAUCUGUUGUUGCAAUUCUGCACCACAGACCUCUACACAUCAAUCAGGCUAUCCUCACCUGAAUCUUUCCGUCUCCGCACUGGUGGCGUCAUCUGUUUAGGUAUCCUUGGGUGUCAUCCUCAUGACCCUGCAUUACUCGGUGUAUGGCAGCAUUUGAAACACCCUGGAUCACAUCAAUGUCAAGACCAUCCUCAUAUGCACCUCCGUCUGAUUCCUCGUCCCAGCAGGCCUGGGACCCCAACCCCCCCACAUAUGCUGCCUUCUCUCCAACAUCCACCUCUGGCUACUCCGCUACAUCGAAGCAGCGGUCUACGAUCAUUGUCCACAAAAAGUCGCCCUUGCUAGUAGCGACACCACCUCAGAUCACUCGAGCCCUAGCCCAUUCACAUCCCUUCUUACUCCCGCUGAACAAACUCGCCGGUCUUCUGUCAUGGAGCACUCGAGAUCCGUGGGAAUCAUAUCUGAUGGUGGCGGUCUUCUGGGGAAUCACACUUUAUGGCAGUGAGAUUAUUCGCUUUGCAAGCCCGAUCAUCGUAGUAGUUGGUCUCAUACUGGGAAUGUACUCCAGACGCUAUUCACCUCUGUCGUCCACCAGCAAAACCGGAGAGAAACACACCGCAAAGGGCCACAAAAGGGAACCCUCGGAAUCUCAGUCGCACCAUAAGACUCUCGAUGAGAUUGUCGAGACGCUACAGGAAUUGACUGCCCGAUGCAAUGUCCUGUUGGAUCCCUUCCUGAACCUGACCGAUUUUCUCUCUACCCAGACCACACCGACUGCCGCUACGACCCGGCCAGCUUUGACGACUCUCUUCAUCCGUGUUCUUUUAGUUACCCCCUUUUGGAUUACCCUGACUCUUCCGCCUUUCUAUAUCCUGACUCCUCGACGAGUCAUUCUUGCUGUUGGCACAAUAAUAUUGACCUGGCAUUCCAAGCCCGCUCGGGUGUCUCGGGUUAUUCUCUGGCGUUCUGUCUUCAUGCGCAAGGCUGCGGCAUUCAUCACUGGUUUGGAAUUUGAUACUUCACCGAAUGCUAAAUCUGGACCGUCAAAUCGACCAUCAAUUGGAACCAGAUCGAAAUCUCAAGGCGACCUCGCCUCGGAAGCCGCAAACAAGCGGAAACCGGACUCUUCAGGCGUUCGUUUCACCUUUAUACUAUACGAGAACCAGCGGCGGUGGUUGGGUCUGGGGUGGACAACCUCUUUGUUUGCAUACGAACGCGCGCCUUGGACGGACGAACAUCUGAACCCUGCACCAUCCAAAGAAGAGUUCGAACUCCCAGAUGUGGAGGGUGGUUUGUCCCGGUGGAGAUGGAUCGACUCUGACUGGCGAAUAGAGCAUGGAGACGCCAAGUCACAUAAGAGGGCGACAAGCGACAGCAAAAUAGGAGCAGGUGGCAUGUCGGGUAAGGCGACUGCCGAUGAUGGUGGAGGCUGGAUAUACUAUGACAAUAGGUGGGAAGAUGGAAGAAGGGAGGACGGAUGGGGCAGAUAUACAAGGAGACGCAAGUGGUUCCGUGAUGCGGAACUUGUCGAAGCGACACCGAGCGUUGAGGACACUCCAAGCGGCACCCCAGCACAACCUCUGUCGGACACGGAAGAGGUCAAGGUGAGGAGAGCAAAAGAGGUUGCGAAAGGGGUCGGCGGGUCGGGAGACACAGUUACCGCAGACUCAAGACCUCCUACAGAGAAACCAUCUGAAGCAGAUCAAAAGUCCAAUGACGCCAACAGCACUGUCAAGUCGUCAGGAGUGAAGAAGCCGGGCAGCUGGUUCUCGAAAAGAGACCGGAGUGAUAGCAAGAGCUCUAGUGGGAAGAAUACGGGCCAGCUCAGCACACGGAGUGAUCGGAGUCGCGAUGGGCCCGAGGACGACAUGCUGGAUAAAUGGCGAGAUGCUCCUGGACAUCGAGCAUUCAGUGUCCAGGAGGACGUUGCUAUGAGCCUUGGAUAGGGAUUGUCUUGGUGGAUGAGAAAUGUUAUAUUUUGUAUCACCUUAAAUACCACGGUCUACAUGGCGAGUUACAAUAGGAGUAACAACUAAGUAUUUGUAGUUUCAAGUGA